UUUGAAAGCGGUAUCUGUACAGGACGCUGUGGAAGAUGGCGGGUCUAUCGAUGACGUUUCAGCGUUGAUGAGAACACUGGUCAUCACCUUUGCAGUGUGUUUAACUUUAAGGCGGGAAAAGUCGUGAUGGAACCCAGAAGUGCUUUCUGUCAGGUUAUGGUUGUGAUGUUCCUCAGAGUUGUUACUAGCCAUGCUCAAGGUGUUCUCUACAAUGAAACCUGUGUGGAGGGUUUACAUGACUCCUGUGUGACAACAAACGCUGUCUGCAGGAACACGGGUGAAGGUUUAAAAUGCAUGUGCUCAGAAGAAGAGAUAUAUGUGAAACCAAAUGACACAUGUGUAGAAAAACUUGAUGUGGACUUCACAAACAUUGACGUGAACAUCAGUUCGGUUAAUUCGACGAGUUGUUUUGUUACCAUCACAACUACCACAAAUGGGACAUUAUAUGAUGAAUACAUUGUCGAACUACAGUCACCAGUGUCAUUGGAGAAACGCACCUUUUCAACCAACCAGUUUAGGUUACACGAGUUAUUAUCCGGUACAAAAUAUAAUAUGUCAUUAUGGGUGGCUAAAGCUGGGAUAUCUAGCAAAAGUUCAAAGUCUUUUCAAGAAGUUGUGGCGACAAUUCCAUCUACACCAGUGAAUGUGAGGAUACCAAAGGAAUUGGUGUAUGAAAAAAACUUCACUUUAUUACUCUCGGUACCAGACCAACGUUUUCAUUACGUUUUUGUGCAAGCAAACUCAGCCAAUACAGUUAAAAGAUACUUUUUUAUCAGAGAUAGCACCAUUGGAAAUAUUUCUGUUGUGAUAGAUGGUUUAUUAGCAGCAACAUAUUAUACAGUACUAACACAAACUGUUGACAAGAACAACGUGUCAUACAGCGCCAUCUCAGACAUAAUAACAUCAAAUACAGCCCCUGUACUGCCAUUUGUGUCCACAAGAGUCCGGUGCAUUUAUUUUAAAAGACUCAUAACUGAGUUCUCGUUUUCUUUAGUCAACGUUAAUUACAUUGCAUACCUGAACAACACAAUUGUUGAGUUUGAUAGAUACGGCAACUGGAUGGUAUACAGAAUCCCCCAUGAUGGAAGUUGUGAAGCAGUUUAUGUAUUUAAAAUAUUUUCAACUCUGGGUAACAUAAGCAGCGAAGGAUAUGCCCUGGAAACAAUGCAUUUAUGUCCAAGUUUACCUAGCCUGUCUAUAUCAAAUAGAACCACCAACAGUUUUCAAUUGAACGUAUUAGCAGCAUGUCAAGUGUCUAAGAUGACAGCAUCUGGAUAUUGCUUGGGAUAUGAUUACAACCGGACAAGAGAUAAUGCUGUAUAUGAAAUAACGUCAAAUGAAAUUAGUGAUCGAAUGUUCAAGUUUGUGCAUUCACAGUCACAGCAAGGAGCUUAUUGCCAUUUUUCAGUUACACUGUUUAAAACAGUUUCAUCUUACAUUAUAACAGGUCAUACGGGUUCUAUUGAAACAACCUUGCUGAGAGGAGUACCGGAUCCUAUGUAUGAUCUUUCACUAAGAAUUGUGGCGGCUACACAUGCAUGGAUCUGGUGGAAAAAUCCUGUAAUGAGAAAUGGACAGAUUUGGGGAAUAACUGGAAAUGUUAUUUCAGAUGAGGACAACACAUGUGUGAUAGAAUACUCACAGAAUAUCAUGCGAUGCCGCUAUCAGCAAAGUCUUAUAUUAUAUCAUAUUAUAUCAUAUGAUAUAAAUCAAAGUUUAAACAUCACUAACCUACAACCCUAUAAGAACUACUCAUUUACUAUUAGAUAUGUCGGCAUGAGCAGCCAAGUAUCAAGAGAUGCAACACUUAAAUUUCAAACCCUUGAGAGCAUCCCCAGUUUUGUGCAGAACAUUUCGAUGAGCUUCAUUGGUGCUCAAAAUGCCACUGUAAAAUGGGUGGAGCCAAGUAAUAUUAAUGGACUAUUAACAUGCUUCUACAUUGAACUAGUCAACGAUUCUAGCUUGUAUAGGAACACUGACAACUGGAACAUCACAUUGAAAAUACAGCCGAAUGCGAGGGUGAUGUUAUUACGGGACCUGCUCCCUUAUACAAAUUAUUCUGUUAGGGUUAGCGCACAAAAUGUAGCCUGGAAUGGUUCAUAUAACCAGACAGUUGAAUUCCGUACACAUAUUGGAGUUCCAGAUACUCCAACUGGCAUUACAAUAGGACAGGUUUUGUCCUCAAUGAUUGAAGUUAAAUGGAACAUAAGUGGCUAUUAUUCCGGACCAACUCGGUUUGCCAUCAAUGGAGAAGAUGCUUUCAAUGGCUCUAUUAUGUAUACUAACAUUACUCGCAUUGGGUGGAGUACAGAUGAGCUGGAAAAUCAAAGCAUGCUGACUGGUUUGGCUCCUUUUUGGAAUUAUUCUGUUACUGUGAGAGCGGAAACGGUUGAUGGCCAAUUAAAACACAUCUCGGAACAGUCUUCUCCAAUAAUAGUUCAAACUAAAGAAGACGUACCAGGCUUCGUGCAGAACAUUUCAAUGAGCUACAUUGGUGCUCAAAAUGCCAGUAUAAAAUGGGUGGAGCCGCGUAAUAUUAACGGACUAUUGACAUGCUUCUACAUUGAACUAGUCAACGUGUCUAGCUUGUAUAGAAAAACAGACAACUGGAACAACACAUUGAAAAUACAGCCGAAUGCGAGGGAGAUGUUAUUACAUUUCCUGCUCCCUUAUACAAAUUAUUCUGUUCAGGUUAAGGCACAAAAUGUAGCCAUGAAUGGUUCCUACAACGAAGUUGUAAAAUUCCGUACACGUAUUGGAGUUUCAGACAUUCCAACUGGAAUUACAAUAAGACGUGUAUCGUCUUCGAUGAUUGAAGUAAAAUGGAACAAUAGUGGCUAUUAUUCCGGACCAACUCGGUUUGUAAUAACUGCAACAGAUUCAAUCAACAGAUCAAUUACGUUUACAAACGUUACUUCCAUCGGAUGGUGGACGGAUGAGCUGGAAAAUCAAAGCAUACUGACUGGUUUGGCUCCUUUUUGGAAUUAUUCUGUUACUGUGAGAGCGGAAACGGUUGAUGGCCAAUUAAAACUCAUCUCGGAACAGUCUUCUCCCAUAAUAGUUCAAACUAAAGAAGACGUACCAGGCUUCGUGCAGAACAUUUCAAUGAGCUACAUUGGUGCUCAAAAUGCCAGUAUAAAAUGGGUGGAGCCGCGUAAUAUUAACGGACUAUUGACAUGCUUCUACAUUGAACUAGUCAACGUGUCUAGCUUGUAUAGAAAAACUGACAACUGGAACAACACAUUGAAAAUACAGCCGAAUGCGAGGGAGAUGUUAUUACAUUACCUGCUCCCUUAUACAAAUUAUUCUGUUCAGGUUAAGGCACAAAAUGUAGCCAUGAAUGGUUCCUACAACGAAGUUGUAAAAUUCCGUACACGUAUUGGAGUUUCAGACAUUCCAACUGGAAUUACAAUAAGACGUGUAUCGUCUUCGAUGAUUGAAGUAAAAUGGAACAAUAGUGGCUAUUAUUCCGGACCAACUCGGUUUGUAAUAACUGCAACAGAUUCUGUCAACAGAUCAAUUACGUUUACAAACGUUACUUCCAUCGGAUGGUGGACGGAUGAGCUGGAAAAUCAAAGCAUGCUGACUGGUUUGGCUCCUUUUUGGAAUUAUUCUGUUACUGUGAGAGCGGAAACGGUUGAUGGCCAAUUAAAACACAUCUCGGAACAGUCUUCUCCAAUAAUAGUUCAAACUAAAGAAGACGUACCAGGCUUCGUGCAGAACAUUUCAAUGAGCUACAUUGGUGCUCAAAAUGCCAGUAUAAAAUGGGUGGAGCCGCGUAAUAUUAACGGACUAUUGACAUGCUUCUACAUUGAACUAGUCAACGUGUCUAGCUUGUAUAGAAAAACAGACAACUGGAACAACACAUUGAAAAUACAGCCGAAUGCGAGGGAGAUGUUAUUACAUUUCCUGCUCCCUUAUACAAAUUAUUCUGUUCAGGUUAAGGCACAAAAUGUAGCCAUGAAUGGUUCCUACAACGAAGUUGUAAAAUUCCGUACACGUAUUGGAGUUUCAGACAUUCCAACUGGAAUUACAAUAAGACGUGUAUCGUCUUCGAUGAUUGAAGUAAAAUGGAACAAUAGUGGCUAUUAUUCCGGACCAACUCGGUUUGUAAUAACUGCAACAGAUUCAAUCAACAGAUCAAUUACGUUUACAAACGUUACUUCCAUCGGAUGGUGGACGGAUGAGCUGGAAAAUCAAAGCAUACUGACUGGUUUGGCUCCUUUUUGGAAUUAUUCUGUUACUGUGAGAGCGGAAACGGUUGAUGGCCAAUUAAAACUCAUCUCGGAACAGUCUUCUCCCAUAAUAGUUCAAACUAAAGAAGACGUACCAGGCUUCGUGCAGAACAUUUCAAUGAGCUACAUUGGUGCUCAAAAUGCCAGUAUAAAAUGGGUGGAGCCGCGUAAUAUUAACGGACUAUUGACAUGCUUCUACAUUGAACUAGUCAACGUGUCUAGCUUGUAUAGAAAAACUGACAACUGGAACAACACAUUGAAAAUACAGCCGAAUGCGAGGGAGAUGUUAUUACAUUACCUGCUCCCUUAUACAAAUUAUUCUGUUCAGGUUAAGGCACAAAAUGUAGCCAUGAAUGGUUCCUACAAUGAAGUUGUAAAAUUCCGUACACGUAUUGGAGUUUCAGACAUUCCAACUGGAAUUACAAUAAGACGUGUAUCGUCUUCGAUGAUUGAAGUAAAAUGGAACAAUAGUGGCUAUUAUUCCGGACCAACUCGGUUUGUAAUAACUGCAACAGAUUCUGUCAACAGAUCAAUUACGUUUACAAACGUUACUUCCAUCGGAUGGUGGACGGAUGAGAUGGAACAUCAAAGCAUGCUCACCGGUUUGAAUUCUCUUUGGAAUUAUUCGGUUACUGUGAGAGCGGAAACGGUUGAUGGCGAUCUACAACUCUUAUCAAACCCUUCUCCUCCUAUAAUAGUUUUUACUGAAGAGGACGAGACUGAGAUCAAUUCCGAAAGCCCGAAACAGAAUGGACAUUGUGAUUUUUGGACCAACACUCAGGUAGUUGAACCAUACGCCUUAUGUGCAAGUUUCAUUACCAAAAUGGCGGAUGUCGCUCCAGAAAUGUCCUGUGAAGGAAAAGAGUUUCACUACUCUUUGAAGGAAGCUGCACGCAUUGUAAAUAUGCUGAACUUGCAAGUUGUUAACACAACAACACUGCAACAACAGAUGACGGGGCCCCUCAUGGAGGAGCCUGUUGAAAAGAAAAAUACUCAAUUGCAAAUGGAUGUUAUCCAGAAGUUGUCAAAGAUCAAGUCACAACAUGCAUGCAGUGUAAUGGCACUGAUCUAUUCAUUAAACACUGUCAUAAGACGGAAGGAAAAUAUUACACCAGAAAUACAGAAAAAAGCAUUGGAAAUAUAUAAAUCUCUGCUGGACUCCUACAAAAACACUUCAGCUGAUGUCCCUACACAUAUUGUCGAACACAUUGCACAAACUCUGGUCACAGGGACAGUAAUGAUGAUGGAUUUCACUGAACACGAGAGUGAUAAAACAGUGUUGAAGGAAUCUGCAGCUGUGCUGAUCAACAUUAUUGAUAAUGUAAUGGACAUUCUGCAAAACAAUAAAGAGACAAAUGCCCCAGCCAGUGAUAUCGUCACGUCUGAGGCCUACAUCAAGGUAGCGAAGUUAUCGCCCGAUAAGAUCAAUGGAAACACUUUAAAUGAAGUCAUGAAGUCCGGCCUCCACUUUCCACCCAAUAUGAAUCUCACUCAAGACAGUGGAGGAUCUAUUACCAUGCAGUAUUUGUACAUACAGAAAAAUCCAUAUAACUGGGGGGAAAGCUCGGAUUUGGUUACUACGCCUGUUCAGUCUAUUUCUUUUAAAGAUGAACAAAACAAAAAAAUAAAUGUGUCCAAUCUAACGGAACCAGUUCGAAUAACAAUACCAAUCACACGUAAAAGCCUCACGAAUCAAAUGAAAAAUAUACCAAUCCGGCUCAACAUCCUUAAGCGAAAUACCUCGUGGACCUUAUAUCCUAAGAUGUCGCACUCCUGUGUUGGCACAUUCCAUGUAUCACUUCAAAAGAACAUGCUUUUGUCUAUGAUUUUUACUCUUCCUGGAAAGGUGAAAUCUAUUAAUCUUGGAAUUGGUAAAAAUAGAAUUGUGGACAAAAGCAGUGUGUUCGACAAACCCUUCAAGUAUCCAAGUGACAUUCCUAUAAUUGACAACCUGUAUGGUUUGCACUCCGAUGAGGACAUGACGGCAGAAUUCGAGAAUACAACUAUGUUUGGCGAUGCCUUUGAAUUCAAGAACUGUGCGUUCUUCUGCUCAAUUUAUCUUGGUCGUUGCUGUUCUGCAAACGUUAGUGAGUGCUGGGAAAUAUACGAUUACUGUAAUGAAAGAGGUCUUGUUAAUGUCAGUCACCACUGUUUAGCUGUGUUGCAGGAAACACACAUGAUCAAAACCAUGAAUAAGACACAAACUAACCAGAAUAGCAUAAAGCAAAUUUUGCUGACCAUGUACAACUCUGAUGAAAAGCUCAACAAAACAGGCUCAUAUCUUCAUAUUGGAGUGGGUCUCGACAUCGACAUUGCGGAGGUGAGAGAGAUUAUUUCAGAAAGAAACAAAGAGUGCCUCGGUAAUCAAACAGCUAUCCUAUGCUUUGCAGAAGUAGAGGUAAACAUUUCAGUGUCUGUGAACAGCCUUGGGUGUUUAUACUGGGAUGAAGAGAUAGAAGAUUGGACAUCUAAUGGACUUCAGGUGGGGCAGUUGGUUUCACUUUCCAAUGCGAAUGAUACAUCAUACGAGUGUAUAACAACUCACUUGUCAUCGUUUUCGGGAUCUGUGCAAAUGGCUUCAAUCUUCAUUGAUCCUUUUGGUGAUGCGGUAUUGUUCAUCACGUUUUUUGAGAACCCUGUGCUUGUGACGACUGUGAUCCUUGUCUGGGUCUUGUACUUCUUCUUGCUCUACUGGGCGCGCAACUCGGACAAAAAGGACUUGGAGCGGGUUGGGGUGGUAAAUUGUAAAGACAAUCUACAAUCUGAAGAGUACCUAUAUCUUGUGUGCAUCGUCACGGGUUGGUGGAAACAAGCAGGAACCACUGCUAAUGUCUACAUCAAUAUGACGGGCUCUGAGGGUGUUAGUGGAAGGAAGUGCCUUACACAUGCAGGCAGACAGUGUUUCCAGGCAGGUUACGAAGACUGGUUCCUGAUCACCACAACAAAAUGUCUCGGAAAUAUAAAGUCUGUCACACUUUGGCACGAUGGUACUGGUGAUAGCCCACAAUGGUACCUGAACCAUGUGAAUGUCCGUGAUGUGCAGACCAGGAACAGCUGGACUUUUAUCUACAAUGAUUGGCUUGCAGUGGACGGAGAUGCUUUCUGGCAGAUUUCAGCAACUAUUAAGGCUGUCACAGAGGAAGAGACUAGGCUGAAGACUAAGUACAACUUUAUGAUCCAAUCGAGCAGGGGCAUUCGUGAUGGGCACCUGUGGCUCAGCAUCUUUACCAAAGCCCCAAUGAGCACGUUCACGCGCGUGCAGCGUCUUACAUGCGCUCUAUCUCUCCUGCUCACCACCAUGCUCACUAACCUCAUCUUCUAUGGAGUCCCCACUGACGACCCUGCCCAGCAGGUCCAGGAUGGAGCCUUCAGAUUGAGUUUCUCACAGAUCGUUAUAGGUAUAGAAAGCAGCCUGAUUAUGUUUCCAGUAAACUUGAUCAUUAUUCUGCUGUUCAUAAAAGUAAAACCCAAGUCCCGUAAAUCUGCAAUUAAACCCAGUUUUGGCUCUGCGGACAUUCAUGCCAUGACUGAUUCAUGUGUUGUGAAUAUAACGAGGAUUUUCAACCACAGUACCAUGCACAAUCCUGCUAGCGUAUUGACAGCUGUAAAACAAAGUCAUAAUCACAGUAACCUAAGGCUAUUUCAUGACAAAUUUUGCGAGUUAAAGGGACUUAAAUUUUGCCUUGACCCAAAUCUAAGCGUGACUAAAUUUGUGAAAAACGUCGGCACAUUAUACUUGCCAUUGGCAACAGAAACUACUAUCAUGGAGAAGAAUGUGGAUGAUGCUGGGUCCUUUAGUAUGUCAGAGAAUAAAGGUUCGGGCACUGAGGAUGCAGAGUCAUCAGUCAGUUUUGGUGCACUUCCUUCGAGCUUCCCCAGUAGAGAUUCUUCAGUGUGUCAACACAAGGGCAGGACGCAGAGUGCUAAGCAACAUAAGGACACUUUUUCGUUUUCAUCGGAAGUGGCAUCUGAUCAAGACAAAAUGAGAAGCGAUGCCCACAUUAGAACUGUUAUAGAUGUCCCAGUCGGUAUAAGGAAUGAUUCCAGAAUACUGUCUUGGUGGUUCAUCUACAUUGCCUGGUUUGUUGCCAUCGGCACCUGCUUCGUUUCAUCUUACUUCGUGGUGCUCUAUGGCCUCAAGUUUGGCUAUGCACACAGUGCGGCGUUGCUGGUAUCCUUCUUAACUGGGUUGGUUCAAAGCAUCUUUGUGUUGCUACCUAUUAAGGUACUGUGUACGGCAGUGCUGCUCACUCUGAUAUUCAAAACACCGGCAGAGUUUGAUGAUAUUGACGGACCCCGUGCUAUGGAUGAUGAUCAGGAGUAUUUGAAGAAUGUUACCGAAGAACCUGCUUUUCAUCACAACCUACGUACCCAAUUGCCAGCUCGCCUCCUUAAGUCCAUACGCAGGCGACUUCGGCUGGAUUGGAUAAUGGAUGUCAACAUAAGGAACAUUAUCAUUCAUUUUGCGUAUAUGAGCAUCGUCAUACUGAUGAGCACAUGUCAGAUAAACAUUUCCAAUUCCUACGCAACCAGCCUUUCUGUCAGAAACAUGUUUGUAAAUAACAAAUUUGGAGUUCCGCUGAAGAACCAGGUGUCUUCAAGAGAGGGUAUGUUCUCAUACCUACAUAAGACGGUUUCACCAUUGAUGAUGACGAUGUCAGAAACUGGGGAGAGGAACCUGUCCAUUACCACUGAAUUCUUCCUUGUUGGUGGUUACAGGCUAAGGCAGGCAAGGAUAUCGAAAGAUAAAUGCAGACCACCAAUAAGCAUGGAAAAUAUUCCCAGCGGAUGCCAGCCUGCAUAUUCCACGUUCAUGGAGGACAGGAAUAGAUACAACAUGUCGUGGGAUAACCUUAUUGAUGCAGCUUAUAAUUCAACAUGGAUUAAUUUGACGGCCAAUAGGAAAGACCCUUGGAGUUAUCAGCCGGCCUUGUCUUUGAGGACCAUGCCCUUUGUAGGCUUAUUUGAUACCUAUUCAGGGGGUGGGUAUGUCCAGGAGAUGGCAGCUUUGGAGGAUCCUACUGAUAACAUUUCGGAGCUUGAAGAAGCCGGAUGGAUUGAUGACAACACUCGAGCUGUGUUCUUAGAAUUUACUCUGUACAACGCGAAUGUGGAUAUAUUUACAGUGGCCGUAUAACUAUUCGAAUUUACGAAUAUAGGCACGGUUUAUGCUUCGCAUAAUGAGUUUUCCUCAAGUCUAAACCACUAUAAUUCUAUGUUUGUAGCUGUUUGCGAGGUUACAAUUGUCAUAUUCAACUUAUUGUUUUUUUGCUCUGAAAUAAAAAAGUACAGAAUAGUUGGAAAAUGUAAGUAUUUUGCAGACUUCUGGACACUAGUUCAAAUAUGUCAAAUAGCUGUUGCCAUUUUACUGUUUGGAGUAUUUGUUCAGAAAACACUAAGUGUAGCUAGUGUGAUGGCAGACUUUAAAGCCUCUGACUGAUCGCAUUUUAUCAACUUUUAUGGGGCCAUUUUCUGGGACUAUGUAAUGAAUUACGUUAUGGCAGCUCUUGUGUCAGUAAGUAUGUUGCAAACUGUAAAACUGCUGAGAUUUAACAUUCGUAUUUCGAUUGUGACAGGGACAUUCCAUUCCAUCAAGGGAACAAUUUUAGCUUUCGUUUUAAUGUUUAGCAUCAUCAGUGUCGGCUUUGCAUCUAUGGGAUAUAUGCUGUUUAAAAGCUUAUUCUCAUCUUAUUUUUCAUUCACGUCUGCUUGGAUUUCAAACAUGUUAUUGCUGCUCCGUCCCACAGAUUAUCUGUUCCUGUACGACGCAAACCGUGUUCUGGGACCACCAUAUAUGGUGGUAUUAAUGACUGUAAUGCUGUUAGGUAUUAUAGCCAUUUUAAAGUCUAUUAUAAACAUGGGUAGAAUACUUAGUAAUAAACGGCUUAAGAGAAUGAAAAAUCAAAAAAAGAUGCUAGAAUAUGUCUAUGAGAAACUUAAUGAUAUCUUAGAUAUAAAGUAAAACAGCAAGAACAAAUCAUGUGUCCUAAGACUGUUUAUUGUGUAUGCCCGUUAAGCAAGGAAUGUAUAUAUUUGCCAAUUAUUUUAGUUUGUGUUUGUAUACGAAAUUGUUAACAUUCGUAGUGUCUUUCUGAAUUGUGUUACUCUUUCUUACAGUGUUUUGUUCUGAACACCUUUAUUGUGUUACUCUUUGUGAAAAUGUUUGUGUGUAUAUAGCUUGAUGUAUAAAUUGACUAUUAACCUGUUAUAUUUACGCAGAACGUUUUCACUCGAAUUUGUUAACUAAGGUUAUCACUUUUCGUCAGAUCGAUAGAAAUAAGGUCAUAAAUAUUCGUUGACACUAUAUCUUAUGAAGGCGUGGGCGUAUUUUAAUAUUAGAAACAGUUUUUGCAAAAUGUUGUGUAUGUAUGUUCGAGAAAGUGAAACAUAGAAAAGGUUGCAUUUGUGUUCGUUUAAGUUCGUAUUAUAAUUGUGCGUUUUCUUUACAUUUGUGUUAAUAAAAAUGAAUGUAACGAG